UUCCUCUACCGGCCGCAAGGCGUCGUUGUCGCCCCGUGGCUUCUCGGCCUGCGCCGCAGCCCGGAACCUCUUUUGCUGAGCUCGGGACGCGGCCGGAACGCGUCCGUCGCCGUCCCGCUCCCUCUGGAGCCGACUCCAACCGGCAGGCGGGUGGGCUCGGGAGCGGGCAGGGGCGCCAGGCCGGGGUCGUGCGAGGUCAGCUCGCGUCGCGCUGAGCCCCCUGCAGCCCGGCCGGCGCCAUGUACGCCGUGUACAAGCAGGCUCACCCGCCCACCGGGCUGGAGUUCUCCAUGUACUGCAACUUUUUCAACAACAGCGAGCGCAACCUCGUGGUGGCCGGCACCUCGCAGCUCUACGUGUAUCGGCUCAACCGCGACGCUGAGGCACCAACCAGGAAUGACAGGAGCACAGAGGGACGGGCCCACCGGGAACACCGGGAAAAGCUGGAGCUGGUGGCCUCCUUCUCCUUCUUUGGCAAUGUCAUGUCCAUGGCCAGCGUUCAGCUGGCUGGAGCCAAGCGAGAUGCCCUGCUUCUGAGCUUCAAAGAUGCCAAGCUGUCGGUGGUGGAGUAUGACCCAGGCACCCAUGACCUGAAAACCCUGUCCCUGCACUACUUUGAGGAGCCUGAGCUGCGGGAUGGGUUUGUGCAGAAUGUGCACACACCAAGGGUGCGCGUGGACCCCGACGGGCGCUGUGCAGCCAUGCUCAUCUACGGAACGCGGCUGGUGGUCCUGCCCUUCCGCAGAGAGAGCCUGGCUGAGGAGCACGAGGGGCUCAUGGGCGAGGGGCAGAGGUCCAGCUUCCUGCCCAGCUACAUCAUCGAUGUGCGGGCCCUGGACGAGAAGCUGCUGAACAUCGUGGACCUGCAGUUCCUGCACGGCUACUACGAGCCCACCCUGCUCAUCCUGUUUGAGCCCAACCAGACCUGGCCGGGGCGUGUGGCUGUGCGACAAGACACGUGCUCCAUCGUGGCCAUCUCACUGAACAUCACGCAGAAAGUGCACCCUGUCAUCUGGUCCCUCACCAGCCUGCCUUUUGACUGUACCCAGGCCCUGGCAGUGCCCAAGCCCAUAGGUGGGGUGGUGAUCUUUGCUGUCAACUCCCUGCUGUACCUGAACCAGAGUGUCCCCCCCUAUGGCGUGGCUCUCAACAGUCUCACCACCGGCACGACUGCUUUCCCUCUCCGUACCCAAGAGGGCGUGCGAAUCACCCUGGACUGUGCCCAGGCAGCCUUCAUCUCCUAUGACAAGAUGGUCAUCUCCCUCAAGGGUGGUGAGAUCUACGUGCUGACCCUCAUCACCGAUGGCAUGCGCAGCGUCCGUGCCUUCCACUUUGACAAGGCAGCCGCCAGCGUGCUCACCACCAGCAUGGUCACUAUGGAGCCUGGGUACCUGUUCCUUGGCUCCCGCCUCGGCAACUCUCUGCUCCUCAAGUACACAGAGAAGUUGCAGGAGUCCCCUGCCAGCGCCGUCCGAGAGGCUACUGACAAGGAAGAGCCUCCCUCCAAGAAGAAACGAGUGGACUCAACAGGGAGCUGGUCCGGGGCCAAAUCGGUGCCACAGGACGAGGUAGAUGAGAUCGAGGUGUAUGGCAGUGAAGCCCAGUCAGGCACCCAACUGGCCACCUACUCCUUUGAGGUGUGUGACAGCAUUCUUAACAUAGGACCGUGUGCCAAUGCUGCCAUGGGGGAACCUGCCUUCCUUUCAGAAGAGUUUCAGAACAGCCCAGAACCAGACCUGGAGAUUGUGGUUUGCUCUGGUUAUGGGAAGAAUGGGGCUCUCUCAGUGCUGCAGAAGAGCAUCCGGCCCCAGGUGGUGACGACCUUUGAACUCCCUGGCUGCUAUGACAUGUGGACAGUCAUCGCUCCAGUGCGGAAGGAGCAGGAGGAGACCUCCAAGACGGAGGGGUCAGAGCAGGAAUCUAGCACCCCGGAAGCAGAUGAUGAUGGGCGAAGGCACGGCUUCCUCAUCUUGAGCCGGGAGGACUCCACCAUGAUCCUGCAGACUGGCCAGGAAAUCAUGGAGCUGGACACCAGUGGCUUUGCCACACAGGGUCCCACAGUUUUCGCAGGCAACAUUGGUGACAACCGCUACAUUGUGCAAGUGUCUCCACUUGGGAUCCGCCUGUUGGAAGGAGUGAACCAGCUACACUUCAUCCCAGUGGACCUGGGCUCCCCCAUUGUGCAGUGCGCUGUGGCCGACCCCUACGUGGUCAUCAUGAGUGCUGAGGGCCACAUCACCAUGUUCCUGCUUAAGAGUGACUCGUAUGGGGGCCGUCACCACCGCCUAGCCCUGCACAAGCCCCCACUGCACCAUCAAUCCAAGGUGAUCGCUCUGUGUGUGUACCGAGAUGUCAGUGGCAUGUUCACCACCGAGAGCCGCCUAGGCGGGACUCGAGAGGAGCUGGGAGGCCGCACUUGCUCAGAGGCAGAGGGCCAGGGCCUGGAGACCAGCCCCACGGUGGACGAUGAGGAGGAGAUGCUGUAUGGGGACUCAGGCUCCCUCUUCAGCCCCUGCAAGGAGGAGACACGCCGAAGCAACCAGCCUCCCGCUGACAAGGACCCCACGCCCUUCCGGACAGAGCCCACCCACUGGUGCCUGCUGGUUCGGGAGAAUGGAACCAUGGAGAUCUACCAGCUCCCUGACUGGCGGCUGGUAUUCCUGGUGAAGAACUUCCCUGUGGGGCAGCGUGUCCUGGUGGACAGCUCCUUUGGGCAGCCCACCACACAGGGGGAGGCCCGCAAGGAAGAGACCACUCGUCAAGGGGAGCUGCCCCUUGUCAAGGAGGUGCUUCUGGUGGCACUAGGGAGCCGGCAGAGCAGGCCCUACCUGUUGGUGCACGUGGACCAAGAACUGCUCAUCUACGAGGCCUUCCCUCAUGACUCUCAGAUCAGCCAGGGCAACCUUAAAGUUCGCUUCAAGAAGGUCCCCCACAACAUCAACUUCCGUGAGAAGAAGCUGAAGCUGUCUAAGAAGAAGGCAGAAGGCAGCAACACUGAGGAGGGUGCCGGGACCCGGGGUCGCGUAGCUCGAUUCCGAUACUUUGAGGACAUUUAUGGCUACUCAGGGGUCUUCAUCUGCGGCCCUUCGCCCCACUGGCUCCUGGUGACCAGCAGGGGGGCCCUGCGGCUACACCCCAUGGGCAUUGAUGGUGCUAUUGACUCUUUUGCACCAUUCCACAAUGUCAACUGUCCCCGAGGCUUCCUGUACUUUAAUAGACAGGGCGAGUUGAGGAUCAGUGUCCUGCCUGCCUACCUGUCCUAUGAUGCACCCUGGCCUGUCAGGAAGAUCCCGCUGCGCUGCACAGCCCACUAUGUGGCCUACCAUGUAGAGUCCAAGGUGUACGCUGUGGCCACCAGCACCUACACUCCAUGCACCCGCAUUCCACGCAUGACAGGAGAAGAAAAGGAGUUCGAGAACAUUGAGAGAGAUGACCGCUACAUCCACCCCCAGCAGGAGGCUUUCUCCAUCCAGCUCAUCUCCCCAGUCAGCUGGGAGGCCAUCCCCAAUGCCAGGAUUGAGCUGGAGGAGUGGGAGCACGUGACAUGCAUGAAGACGGUGUCGCUGCGCAGCGAGGAGACUGUGUCUGGCCUCAAGGGCUACGUGGCGGCAGGGACCUGCCUCAUGCAGGGGGAGGAGGUCACAUGCCGUGGGCGGAUCCUGAUCAUGGAUGUGAUCGAGGUGGUGCCAGAGCCUGGCCAGCCCCUGACCAAGAACAAGUUCAAGGUUCUAUACGAGAAGGAGCAGAAGGGUCCUGUGACUGCCCUGUGCCACUGUAAUGGCCACCUGGUGUCAGCCAUUGGCCAGAAGAUCUUCCUAUGGAGCCUGCGGGCCAGCGAGCUGACAGGCAUGGCCUUCAUCGACACCCAGCUCUACAUCCACCAGAUGAUCAGUGUCAAGAACUUCAUUCUGGCUGCCGACGUCAUGAAGAGCAUCUCCCUGCUGCGCUACCAGGAGGAGAGCAAAACACUGAGCCUGGUGUCCCGGGAUGCCAAGCCUCUGGAGGUUUACAGCAUAGACUUCAUGGUGGAUAAUGCCCAGCUGGGUUUCCUGGUGUCUGACCGGGACCGAAACCUCAUGGUAUAUAUGUACCUUCCCGAAGCCAAGGAGAGCUUUGGGGGCAUGCGCCUACUGCGCAGGGCAGACUUCCACGUGGGUGCCCACGUGAACACCUUCUGGAGGACCCCAUGCCGGGGGGCUGCCGAGGGUUCCAGCAAGAAGUCAGUGGUGUGGGAGAACAAGCACAUUACGUGGUUUGCCACUCUGGAUGGUGGCAUUGGGCUCCUGCUGCCCAUGCAGGAGAAGACGUACAGACGGCUGUUGAUGCUGCAGAAUGCUCUCACCACCAUGCUGCCCCACCAUGCUGGCCUCAACCCUCGUGCCUUCCGGAUGCUGCAUGUGGAUCGGCGCAUCCUGCAAAAUGCCGUGCGCAAUGUGUUGGAUGGGGAGCUGCUUAACCGCUACCUGUACCUGAGCACCAUGGAGCGCAGCGAGCUAGCCAAGAAGAUUGGCACCACACCUGACAUCAUCCUGGACGACUUGUUGGAGACGGAUCGUGUCACCUCCCACUUCUAGACCCGGGUUACUGCCACUGCCCCACCCCUUUUGUACAAAACAUAAAAAGAGAAAGAUUUUUUGGACUGA